AUGACGGCUGUGAGCGCAGAUCAUCUGUCGUGCAAGCUGUCUGCAGCACAGAUGACUCGUUUGCGCCUUGCCGUGGUGCAAAACGGCGGCCGGCCUACCCAAACGCGGGCAAUGACGACGCGUCGUCAACAAUUACAUGAUGCGAUCCUAGGAUCUCAACUUUUCCCCUCAUUCUGCCUAAAACAGGCUCAGACCGCACCGUCUCGCGGCUGGUGCUGCGGGAAUGUGUUGUACAAGAGCUUGCCGCUGUGUGUCUUGGACACCGGCAGUGUAUCUACAAAUAGCUCCGAGGCUACUUUGCACUUCCAGCUGCGCGCACGGCCGCUGGGCAUCGGCGAGAAGCGACAACUCUAG